ACCGCCGCCCACUAUAUAAGCCGCGCUGUCCUGCUCGGAGCCGCUGUCUUGUCCUGGGCUUCCUUUCUUGCGCUGCUCCGCCCGAAUCGACAUGAGGCUGUUCUCGCUUGCUGUGGCUCUGGUGGCUCUGGUGUGCCUCCUGGUGCCUCCCGGUCUGGCCACUCCCGAGGCAGACCCGGUCGCCGCCCCUUCCCCCGUGGCCGACCCUGAGCCUCUCUUCUUCUGGAAGUUUAGGCCCAGGUACUACCGCGGCUACAGGGGCUACAGGGGCUACGGGGGCUACGGGGGCUACGGGGGCGGCUACUAUGGCGGUUACUACAAGAAGGGAUACUGGUAAAGAUUUGCGGGAGAAGCUUCGUUGAAGUGGAGCUUUGUGGAAUGACUCUCUAUGGCGCUGAACAUUAAUAAAAGAAAUUAGUAGUAGUUAGUAAA